UUUUUUCUAGGCCGAAUGGAUGAUUUUGAUCGUCGCGCUGGUCCAAAUCAUCGCGGUGACUUCUUCUCGCCGCCUCGCUUUGGGCCAAUGAACAACGGCGGCGGCGGCAUGCGUGGCAUGAUGCCAAUGGGUGGUCGCAAUGGGCCACAGUUUGGGCCACGCGGCGGACCAAUGUUCAUGCGUGGAAUGCGUCCAGGACCACCAGGCUUCCAGUUCGCCGACAGGGCGGGCGGUGGCUUCUUUGACCGCGAGGGUCCGUACGAUCGCGAGGAAAGGCGCCGCAAUGGGCCGCCGGAGCGCCGUGGGGAAAGUCGACGCGGCGGAAAUCGCUUCCCGCGCGAGUCCAAGUCGCAACAGCAGCGAUCAUCGCGCUGGGGCGGCGGCAGUCCGCGUGGCGGGCAGCCGGGUGAUGAGCAGGAGGAUGAAGGACCGCCGGGCGUAGCGCCGGAGACCGAGGAAGCGGCGGCGGCGGCGGCGGCGGGUGAGUUGGAGGCGGACGGAGGAGCGUGCGAAGAGGAGUUGCCGGAGGUGCACGAGGAGGCGGCGCCAGGGCAGGAUGAGGACGAUGCUGAUGGCGGUGGUGAUGCUCCGGGCAAAGCCACGCCACUGUACGAUGAGCCGGCUGAGGGUGGAGCCGCCGAAGUGGGUGCAGAGGCGGAAAAUGGCGAGAAUGCGGCUGAGUAAAGUUGGGGUGGGGAAGAAAAGUUCUUGCGACAUUUAUAAAAUUAACUGAAGAAUAUGACAAAAUUCUCGUGCAAGUGCGCAAAGAAAAAAAAAGAGAGGAAAAUGCUUCUCAAGAGCGUGAUCGAUCAAGGUUAUCACUGUGAUAAAGAAUUGAUUUUACCAAUUCGUUCUGACAAAAUGAAAAAAAAUAUGGAUAAAUAGAUGAAAUUUUGCAACAAUAUGCAAAAAAAAAGUCUAAAGUUAAAGUUUUUUUCCAAGUUUUUUCACAAUUUUCACUCACAAUUUCGCGUUUUACCUAUUUUGUAAAGAAAUGAAUUUUUGAUUUAUUGUUGAAAGAAGAGAUUUUGAGCAUUUUUCUCUAUCGGAUUUGCUCAAUUCUUCAUAUUCAAAAAAAAUAAUAAUGGCGUGUUUGAGAAGGUAGGUCAAAAACGCCCCAGAGCAUCAAGAGAGUCUCGAGGGAAACUGGCGCUUGCACUCGAGUUGAGUGACUUGUGCAAGGUACAGUGAUGAUUUUACAUUGCAUUUCUCUUAUAUGCCACAAAAAAAACCACAACAACAACUUUCGUCCCUCACAGAGAAAAAAGAGAGAUCUUUGAGCCUUGAUCGUGGACUUAGCGUAGAAUUUUGCUGCCUUCAGGCAAGUUUAUAAAUGAUUGUUUUCUUCUUGGAAUUGUAAUUCAAUGUCAAGAAAUCGCAAGUGUGUGACACUCUUUUCCUAUUUGAACUAUUAAAAAAAAAGAAAUAUCCUUAAUUUACCGCCAAGUUUACACAACAAUUGCAAGAGAAUAGAGUAGAUUUGAUUGAUCAGUGCGAAGAGAGAGAGAGAGAGAGAG